AAUGGGGUGUGCAUGCGCAACUCAGAGCUCAGCUGAGUCUCACAGCCUCUGCCACUCAACUCCCACUCGCACCUCCAAGCAGGGGAGCACCGGUAAACCAGAUGGGAUAUCUAGGGCUUCCAACCCUAGUAGUAGAUCUCUUCUGGGCUGACGCGAGGGGAGGACGACUUCGGCUAUGGACAAGGAAGCUGGCGGACAGCUAUAAAACGCAUUCUGGGCCAAGCCCACAUGGAUUUCGGAAUAGAAAAAUUGUCUACGGUGCAGGGGAGGGAUACCCCAGUACCGGUCGGGAUAAGUGGUGCCGUUGCAGGCCACCCCCGACCGUCAUCAAGCGACUGCGACAAACCCUCUCCUUCGGUGGUCCCCAGGGCCGACGGAACCAGUGGAAAAACUACCGGGAAAAAUACAAAAGAAGACAAAGCUGUAGCAAAAAAAGUAGCUGCAAAGAUAGAUGCAGAUCUAAUGGAUCCACCUCAAAGACAAGCGAGUUCGCGGAGAAGUAACUCAGUCGGAGACGUCCGGUUUUUUCCCCAAAUUUCAAUCCAGGGUAGAAGAAAUUUCGGCAUCAUCGACCUCAUCUGGGACGAUAAGGGAGAGACGUCACUGCAGAUGAUCAGCAGCCCGGAUAGAGGGAGCAUAUCUGGAACCAUAAGCAGGGAAAAGGAGGUAAACGAUGGAAGUAAACCAGAUAAGAAGAGAAAGCGACUGGAUGACACCAUCUGCGAAAGGGCAGUGGUGGAGCUGCAGGA